AGAAAAGAAAGAAAAAGAAAAAAAAAAGAAGAAAAAUUAAGAGAAAAUGGCAGGAGUACGUUACGGUCUAUCGUUAUAUUUUAUUCUCAGAAAAAUCAAGCGCGUUACAUCACACGGUACUUUAACGUAAUGACAGUGAUAAUUAAGUCGUAAGCGUGACGUUUAAUCUUUUUUCAAUAGAGAGUGAGAGAGAGAGAGAGAGAGAAAGGACAAAACCGAACGAACGAAAUAUGACGUGAUAAAUGUAAAUACAUACACAAAAUAGCUUUACGUACACGCAUACAUUAGUGUGAUAUCUAGGUAUAUAUACACAGUGAUUUGUUAUUAAAAGAAAAAGGGUUGGUAAGAGAAAAAAGAAGAGAAAGAUAGUGAUCAAUGGAGAUCAAAAAAGAAGUAUGAAUGAGAAGGAAAAUGAUGAUGAAUGAGAAAGAAAGAUCGAAGAAACGUUAUGCGUGCGAUGCCGUUUUAUGCGAAACUAACUCCUCUAUUAUUAAUUCGAGACGAACUGAAAAAAAAAAUAUAUAUAUAUAUGUAUAUGAAUAUGUAAAACGGCACGAAUAAUUCGAUAAUAUGCAUAUAUAAAUUAAGUAUUAAUAAUAUACAUACAUACGUGUACACAACACAACACAUCCGUCUACAUCUUGGAACAUUUCGAUAAGAUAAAUUCGAGAUCGAUGAUCGAUCGCUCUCGUAUCUUUCUCAUAUUAUCGACAUCACUUAUUCUAUCGCUAUUACUAUUACUAUUACUAUUACUAUUACUAUUACUACUACUAUUAUUAUUAUUACUAUUACUACCGUCUAUGUCAUGUAAGUGUAGAUGAGUAAGAUUAUUUAGUCGUUAAGACUUUAAACUCGUUCUUGCUCAAACUUGGUCUUGUUAAUAAGCGAUAAAAAAAAAAAGAAGAAGAAAAAAAAAGAAUCGCCUUAUUAAAAAAUGGCGAAUAUUCUCCCACGAGUUCUCCCUAAAAUAAUAAGAAAACAACAAAAUUCAUAUAUCGAACAUUGAGACGUUAUGCGUGUCUACUAAUCCUCUCAUACCGACCAAUAAUUAAAAAAGGAUGUAAGGAAGAAAGGAAAGACGGAAGGAAGAGGAAGAAAAAAAAAGUGAUUAAAAAAAUAAGAAAAAGGAGGUGGGAGUAGGGAGUUAAAAAUUUCGUGCCAAAAUACAUCGAGAGAAAAGUCUCGCUAUAUUCUUACUACGUGAAAAUAAUAAAAUAAUUCUAAUACACAUGCAUUACAUACGUUUAAAUAAUACAUUCAUAUGCGUGAAUAACGAGAGAGACUGGAAUUAAAAAGAAUAUCGUUUGCUCAACAGUACCGUCCCCGAAAUUUUCAAAAUAAGAAAAAAUGAAGAAAAAUAUUUAUAAAAAAAAUGAGAGAGAGAGAGAGAGAGAGAGAAAGUAAAUGAAUCCAUGUUUCGUCGCAUUGUUUCUCCUUUAUUCACAUUAUACAGAAUUUUCGAAGGUAUGAGGGGCUUAUUAAGUGUAAUGAGAAAACAUACAUAUACGUAAAAAAUUAUAGUGUAUAUACAUAUAUCUGUAUGUAUAUAUGUGUAUAUAUAUAUAUAUUUACAUAUAUACAUACAUAUAUACCGUACGUGCGUGAAAGUAAUUUUCACUUCGUCGUCGUCGUCGUCGUCGUCGUCGUUGUCGUCGUUAUCGUCGUCGUUUUGUCGUCGUCGUCGUCGUCGCUGUCGUCGUCGUCGUCGUCGUCGUCGUUGUGGUGGAAUGCCUCGGUGAUGCCAGAUUUUUCUUAUUGUUAGUGAUUUAUUUUAUACGAGCGAAAUCAAAUAAUUUUAAUACACGUUGAGUUCUCUUCAACUUUAUCGGGAUUGUUACGAAAAAAAAAAGAAAUAAAAAUGUUUAUAGAGAAAAGAGAGAGAGAGAGAAUGAAUGAGUGUAUGUGUGUGAGAAAGAGAGAGAGAGAGAGAAAGAGAGAGAAAAGACGAUCUAAAAAUGAUAUUACACAUACACGCAAACACACAAAUUGUACACCCUCGCGCAUAAAUACAUACACACACACAUUGGUAUGUUUACAAAAGAAUUCUUUCUCGGAUGUUUACAGGAUGUAAAUUUACGAACGAUUGAAAAAAAGAACAGAGAGAAAAGAAAAGAAAAAAAAAAGAAAAUAAAUAAAUGAUUAUAAGAGAAAAAAUAAAUAAUAUAAAAAAGAAAAACAAAUAAAUAAAUAACUACGCGGAGAACUAAAAAGAGAAUAGAAAGCAUUUUCGAUCUGGCAUCACAAACGAGGAAAAUGAGGCGAAGCGAAAGGCAAAAUAAAUAAAUAAAUAAAUAAAUAAUUAUAAAAAUAAAUAAAUAAAUAAAUAAAUAAGUAAUUAAAAAGAGCACAGGGUUGUACCGGAAUAAAUAAUAUACUAUCGCGUUUUACUUGAAAACAUGGCGACCAUUUUCUGGCGUGAUGAUAUAUGGAUCUCGUGUUGGACGUCGAAUUUCUAUUCAAAUAGGAUAUCAUUAAAAUCUUAAUUAACAAAUAAAGUUUA